CAGAUUUGGAUCGAUAGGAACGAAUAAAUAAAAUGAGCUCGGACGUAAGUUAAUUCUCAUUUCAAAGUUAUCCAGCACUCGUUGUACACUGUGUCAUUAUGACUUUAAAGACUACAACACUUAAAUGUUUCGCCAGUAUUCUGCUACUGCUAUGCCAAUUCGCAUUCAACAAUGGCGUGGAAAUAAAAUGUUUAUCGAAUAGCACCGAUACUUGUGAGGUGCACGAACCAAUCGAUGGCAACGAUGAAUCGUUUACAGUGGUCACUACUUCAGAACAAGAUCAGAGCACUAUCACAGCACUUCGUUUGUCAAGUUUGUCUGAAGUAAUUCCGAGCGUUCUCUUUCAACGUUUUCCAGACAUUAAAUUUGCUAGUUUCCAACCGGAUGUCAAAACGAUAGCACAAACUCAUUUCCGAGAUGCCAAGAAUUUAUUCUAUUUGAAAUUGGAUGGAAACCAUUUGAAAGUUGUUCCUAAAGAAGUCUUUGCCAGUGCUACGAAACUACAUAUCGUGGACUUGAGUUCGAAUGCUAUAACUGACGUCGAAGAUUAUGCUUUUUCAGGAGCGACAGAUUUGAAUUGUGUUAUGUUGAGCAAAAAUAAUUUGACGAUAAUUCGAAAGAACACAUUCGCUGGCGCACCUAAACUAACCCGAAUUGAAUUGGAGGAAAAUCAGAUCGCAGUGGUGGAAGAGGGAGCUUUCGACAUUCCAACUUUGAAGGAACUUUUCUUCGAAUCGAAUCGAAUGAAACAACUGCACGAUAACAUUUUCAGUAACGCACCGAAUUUGGAAAUUGCAUAUUUCGGUGGAAACGGAAUGACCGACAUCGGUCAAGCAUUUUACAAUUUGAAAAACCUAGUAUCGAUCGGCUUCCGUAAUAGUCAACUGCAGAAUGUCGAUCUUUAUGCUCUUGUGAAAUCCAAUCCGAAUUUACAGGACAUUUACUUAGAACAAUCUGGAUAUCAAUUUCCGAGUGUUCCACAAAAAGGUGACGUGUUGACAAAUGAUUUAAGUUUGUUUCUCACCAACAACAGCAUUUCCAAUACCAACGUUCUGGAGCAUCUGGAGGUCUUUCAAAAUCUAGAAUAUCUCGACAUUGCUUUCAACAAUAUCAUUCAAAUCGAUGGAAUCGAGACGAUUAAACAGAAAUUUCCGAAAUUAGUUCAUUUGUUGUAUCCCGGAAAUCCAUUGAAAUGUUCUUGGGUCGAGUCGACACAAUUCGAUAGAAAUUUAUGGUUUGUUCCGGUGUAUCAUGAAUUCAACACUGCUGAUUAUGAACAGGUUGAUGGAAUUUAUUGUAAGAAAUAGAUCACAAAAUUCAAUUAACACUUUAAUAUGAAGAAUAAAGCGAGGAAUAAUGACGAUUUG